GCCAACAGCAUUAAUUUACACAGGUGCGGUUGGCAUGGUACACCAUUUGUAUUGCUGGCCUUGGCCGCAAUCAACGGGGCUGGUGGUUGUGUUUAUGCAUGUUUUCAUCACACAAACGGCGCAUGUCAGAUGUCCAAGAGGAAAACUCCAAAAGGUUGCUAUUCAGAUGAACCGCUAUGCAAAAAAUCAGGCUGCUGUCUCAACUCGACAGUGCCUUGGCCGAUCCCCGUCCGGCCGAAGAAAUAAAUCGACUCCAUGACCGCUUACACGCACUGCGAGUACCACUGGUUGCUGGCCUUGCAGGAUCCGGCAGAGCAGCACGUGGGGCCCGAGUAUCCGCUGCCACCACACUGAGCCCACAUGGGAGCGCACGCGGUGCCGGGGUUGCUGGGCUCGGGCUGGGGGGUGCUGCCGCCGCCGCUGUUGCC